UGAAGUCACUAGACGGCUGAAGAGUAUAUAUAUAGAGUGAAAUAUGGGGCGGUUAUUCGGAGGAGAGACGAAAUACAGAGAUAUAUAGCAUUUAUAAUCGCAAGGUUGCAAUAAAGUGACUUUAUUAGUGAUGUAAACUCGGAUUCCUUUCUAAUCUAAUUUCCAAGCGCCUCGAGCGAUAUUCCCUCACGAGCCAUGACAAACAGCGGUGUUCUCUCGCGCUGUGAAAACACUAAAAACUGCUGCAUCUGCUGCUAUGAGUUAUAUUUUAACUGUUGCUUUACAAUGCAGGACGAAUGUUUUUAGUUGCAAUGGACGCACGAAUGGAAAGCACUUUUCUUUUCACACUCUUGACCACUUUUUGCGGCGUUGUCAACUCAACAUACGGAACAUGGAAGACCAGUUUUCAUGCGAAUCGUGCGAACAAGGUGGAAAAGUCAUCUCAGCCUCACAUUGUUUUUAUUAUGGUCGAUGACCAAGGGUUUCGAGACGUAGGCUAUCAUGGGUCCGAAAUAAAGACCCCGACGUUGGACAGACUCGCCGCAACAGGAGUCAAACUGGAGAAUUACUACGUGCAACCUCUGUGUAGUCCCUCAAGGAGCCAACUGAUGACUGGCAGAUAUCAGAUCCACACUGGCCUCCAGCACUCCAUCAUCCGACCGACCCAACCCAACUGCCUCCCUCUGGAGAACAUUACUCUUCCUCAGAAGCUGAAGAAUGCUGGAUACUCCACUCAUAUGGUGGGGAAGUGGCACCUUGGUUUCUAUAAACGUGACUGUAUGCCCACGCAACGGGGCUUUGACACAUUCUUUGGCUCUUUGUUGGGUAGCGGUGACUACUACACCCAUUACAAGUGUAACAGUCCAGGAAUGUGUGGAUAUGACCUUCAUGAAGGUGAAGAAGCUGCUUGGGAGCAGGACCAUGGGACCUAUUCCACCCUCAUGUACACUCAGAAGGCUUUAAAAAUUCUGGCGUCUCACAAUCCUAAACGUCCCAUCUUCCUUUACUUGGCCUACCAGGCGGUGCACUCACCCCUGCAGGUUCCUUCCCGCUACCUCGAGCGCUAUAAGUCCAUCCCAAAUUUGCAUCGCCGCAAGUAUGCUGCCAUGGUCAGUUGUUUGGACGAGGCGGUACGCAAUGUAACUCUUGCUCUCAAGCACUAUGGCUAUUAUGACAACACGGUUUUGGUUUAUUCCUCAGACAAUGGAGGUCAGCCAAUGGCAGGAGGCAGUAAUUGGCCAUUGAGAGGGAGUAAAGGGACUUACUGGGAAGGAGGAAUACGAGCCGUUGGGUUUGUGCAUAGCCCAUUACUGGUCAAGAAAGGAACCAAAAGCCGAGCUCUUAUCCAUAUCACGGAUUGGUACCCAACAUUGGUCACACUUGGUGAAGGUACGCUGGAUGAAAACCAGAAUUUGGAUGGUUACGAUGUCUGGGAAGCCAUCAGUGAGGGGCGUCCCUCGCCUCGACUGGAUAUUCUCCACAACAUUGAUCCCAUCUACACCAAAGCCAAGAAUGGAUCCUGGGAGGCAGGAUAUGGAAUCUGGAACACUGCCAUUCAGGGAGCUCUCCGGGUGGGUGAUUGGAAACUCUUGACGGGGGUGCCAGGAUACAGUGACUGGAUUCCGCCCCAGACUUUUUCCACACUUUUGUUGGCCAACCGUUGGCACAAUGAGCGAGUGAGCUGGGAUCGAGGCAAGUCUAUAUGGCUCUUCAACAUUACAGCCGAUCCAUACGAGCGAGUAGACCUGUCCCGACGCUACCCACAUGUGGUGAAGAAGAUGCUGUUCAGGCUUCUGCAAUACAACAAGACAGCUGUGCCAUGCCGCUACCCUCCCAAAGACUAUCGCUCCAAUCCUCAGUACAAUGGGGGGGUCUGGGGACCCUGGCACAUGGAUGAGGAUGAUAAUCUUCUCUCAUAUGAUUUAGACAAGAUGAAGAGUUUGAAGAAAGCAAAACAGAGAGGGACAUUUAAAAGAAAGGCCUAAGAUGUGACUUCCAUUUUGACUUUCGUGAACUCAGGGAUGGAUGCUGACCUAAACUUUCGUGAACCUUUGAGUCUUUUUCACUGAUGUAUCGAACCUGAACUCAUGAAAAAUAACAGAACUGUGGUUACAUAUUUACUAAAUGAUAUUGCGUGGCUCCUUGCACAUAUCCUUGCACAGUUCUGGGGUGAAAUAUCAACUGUGUGGUGCCAAAAGCGGGUUACAUUUUCUUCUAAACAGAUGAGGUUUUUAAGGUUAAACCUUAACGAUAGUGUCAUAAAAAGCAAAUGUGAGAUUAAACAAAAUUGUUGAUGCAACUACAUAAUUUUGUGGUGCUUCUAUUUCACUUUCAGCUCACGUGCCUCUAGUUUUCAUUUCACCAAGCAACUGCGCGAUACGUACAAUGAGCCACGUGAAAGUAAUUUUGAAAAACCUUAGGAAUGGUAACGUGUUUCUAUGAGACCAAGUAGAAUGUAUAGAUUUACCUCCGAUUUCACAAAAGCAAUUUAAAGUGUGUACGGUACUUUUUAUCAAUGUUCAAUUUCCAUCCCAGUUUAAUGUGCUGUGACAACUGUAAGUAAGCCAUAGGUUUACUUACAAAAAACAAAAGUGAAAACACUGUGACCCUGUUCCGCUUUCAAAAUAUUUCUCUGUUUGUUUGAGUGAUUCAGCAUGCCAACUUCUGGCUCAACUAGUGGCUUACAUUUUGAUGGUGCUUUUAUUUUUUAGCAAACAUUUUAAAUGAAAGAAAAUGUAUAUUAUUAUAAAAAGCAAUUUAGAACCUCAGAAAAUAGGAUCAACACAAUAAGAAGCAUUUUAUAUUGAAGUAUAGUUUAUUUUUUGUCAAUGUCAUUGUUUUGCACCAGUUAAACUUGAAUGUACUGUAAGAUCAAGACACUUCUCAUACGAACUCCCUUCAUUUUGCUCACUGGUAAAUUUCAAGUUAAAUAAUGUUACCAACUACUAAUAAUCACAUGGCAGUAUAUUCAAUCAUAUCGAAGUAUACACACUAAAAUACCAGUUGGGAGUAAUUACUGUCCUCUUUUGCAAUAUUUUGAAUUUAAUAGUCUUCUUUCCAUUUAAGAAGGAAAAUUAUAUGAAGCAUUUGUGACAUCUGAGCCAAAGUUAAUCUCACUCUUACUUUGUGAUGCCAAAUUUAUUGUUCUCAGCAGCGAAUAAAUGGUUUGGGUAUAGGCUCAAGUAAUCCAACACAGUAUUGAUUAUUACAGAUAUAUUUAUGGAAGUACCCUUUUAACGAUUUUUAAGGUAUAAUGCUGUAAACAUACAGUAGCUGUGCCAAUACUCUGCAUCCAUAAAGUAUUAUUUCAUGUUUUUUGUUUAGUUUUAUUGCUGUUGUCUUUUUUUUUUUACCUAUAACAGCACAACCAGCCAUCUGAAUUGCAUGCUUGCAUGAACAGCUGCUUUUCAAAAGCAGUGAUCAUAUGCAAAGUUUCCUUAGAAUCUGGGAUUCGGAAUGGCAUCCAAACAACAAAGAUUGAGAUGAUCACGAAUCAUCACGGAUAGCUCUCUCAAGGUUUUAUAGACCACCUUGGUUGAAUUGCAACCCCUAAUGCUAAUAUGCAAUUAUUCCUUGAUAAUAUGGUAAUGUUCAUUGUUUUGUGGUCAAUUUCUUGGCUAAAAAUGCAGUACUUUUUGGCAGUUCAUCUUUUUCUGGCUUUGUUUAGUGACAUAACUUUCAGCUGUGCAGUUAUGUCACGCAUUGAACAAGCCAGAUGCAUAUGAACCAUUUACAGUAACUAUGGCAUGGGGGGUGUGGUCGUGUGUCGGACUGCGGGAGAGAGAGAGAUUGCGG